GAUUUAGCUCAUUAUUUUUUUCUUUUAACAGCUACCUGAAGUUUCUGGCAGUAAAGUCAUCAUGGCAGACCUGGGCUGCAAAAAAACCAGCGACUGCACCGUCUCCAGGCUACUUAGCGUAGUGGAGAGCGAACUCCGAGCUGGGAGAGACAAAGGCGACCCCACUGAGAAACAGCUCCAGGUUGUCUUAGAGGAUGCGACGCUCUGGCAGAGAUUCAGGGAAGUCACUAAUGAGAUGAUCGUGACCAAGAACGGCAGGCGGAUGUUCCCCGUUUUGAAGAUCAGCGUGUCAGGCUUGGACCCAAAUGCCAUGUAUUCCUUCCUGUUGGACUUCGCCCCAACUGAUGGCCACCGCUGGAAGUAUGUCAAUGGGGAAUGGGUGCCGGCUGGCAAACCAGAGCCACCAAACCACAGCUGCGUGUACAUCCAUCCAGACUCUCCCAACUUUGGGGCCCACUGGAUGAAAGCUGCCAUUUCCUUCAGCAAAGUCAAACUUACCAACAAGCUCAAUGGGAAUGGGCAGAUAAUGUUGAACUCCCUGCAUAAAUAUGAGCCCCAGGUACACAUAGUUCGCGUAGGAGGCCCCCACCGGAUGGUGAUGAACUGCUCGUUCCCUGAGACGCAGUUCAUAGCUGUGACUGCGUAUCAAAACGAAGAGAUAACAGCUCUCAAAAUCAAGUAUAAUCCCUUUGCCAAAGCCUUCCUGGAUGCGAAAGAGAGAAACCAUCCCAAGGAUGCUCCAGAAACAGUCUCUGAAGGUCAACACGUAACAUAUUCUCACUUAGGUGGCUGGUUGAUUUCCAACCCAGAUACAAUGUGUGCGUCAGGAAGCUCUAAUUAUCAGUACACUGGACCUUUGCCUCUGCCAGCUCCACACACUCCCCACAGCUGUGAGCGAUACUCAGCACGGCGAGGGCAUCGGGCUGCUCCGUACCCACCUUCCUACAUGCAGAGAAAUCAUUCACCUACAGUUAAUUUGCUGGAGAGCUCCAGCAAUAAUCUUCAGGUAUUCUCAGGACAUGACAGCUGGACUUUGCCAUCUCCUCCACAUGCUAAUUUGCUCUCAGUGCCACACACAAAGGGAGCUGCCAGCCCUGGACCCAGCCACUACCCUUGCCUGUGGACAGUGAGCAACAGUGCUGUCAAUGUUGCCAACCCAGGAAGCGAGGUGAACAGCAGCCCUUCAAGUGUAUUUUUAAGGGGUAAUGUCCCCUUUUCCACUGCACAAUCCGUCCAAAUCCCUCUGCAGGGAAUGGUGUCUGGCAGCAUGGAAACACAAGGGGAAACCACUCUAGCCAGACUAGCCGACUCUGCGUGGACAUCCUCACAUUCCUUUUAACGGACGGGCAGCUUACAAGGGAAGCUCAGCCAAACAAGACUGACACAAAUGGCAAACAAUCCCCUAGAAUUGCAGCUCAGAGCAGGGAUGUGUAUGCAGAAAACCACCUUCAUCAAACAUCACUUUCCAUAAUGUACCUCUUGUGUGCCAGUGAAGCCAAAAUGCAUAAUGCAAAGGCAGGAAACAUUAUGGGAACCAGCUUAUUUCUGUAACUUUUGUGCGCCAUUCAGGAAGUCGUCCAGAAAGAAUCUUUGUAGUUAGUUUUGCUUCUAUACCACAUAGAAAACGGUCAGACCCAUGAGACUGAGUGAAGCAGACAUGGCAGCUGGAUAUCCACUUAUCAUUUUAAAAGUCCUUUCUGUAGCUAGCGGCCAAGUCCAGGGGAAACUGUAGACAAGUUCGCAACUGGUAAUUUGAAGGGACAACGCUGAUUUAAAGACUUUCUGAAUCUGUCACAUGAAGGUUUUCACAAUACCUGAAACUAAACCCUUCAGGGGAUGAAAUGAGUCUGACACCCUAAUGCCACCUGCAUACAGUAUUGUCCGUCCCCUUCCCUCUUCCAGCUCCCGUUUGCUGUCUGUAUGCUGUAGGGAUAAUGGACAUACUAUAGCUGAGAAAGUGGCUGCAUUGUAGCAGCAGGGUGAAGGGCAUCUCCUUUAGCAUUUAUAGUCUGAUGUGAUGGUCUUUGAAAUGAAAAGUUCCAAUGUAUUCUAUAUGUGCUAUUUUUGAAAUGGUGGAGGGAAAAGAAUUAUAGAAAAAAGAUUCAGCUUGCAUUUCCACUUUGCUUCAGGUAUAGAAUAUAAAUAAAAUACAAAUAAAUGGUG